AUGGCCGUGGACGCCCCUUGGUCUGACAAGGGAAAGAUGGAGUCGGAAGGCCCCAUCAUGCAGGUCCAGCCUCAGGAUGCUGUCAACCAGUACGAUGUCGACUAUGAGAAGCACGGUGCUGGUCGCGAGUCCAACCCGCUGCCGGAUCUGAAGCGCAAGCUGAAGAGUCGUCACUUGCAGAUGAUUGCCAUUGGUGGUACCAUCGGCACUGGUCUCUUCAUCGGUAGCGGUACGGCCAUCGCCAAUGCAGGCCCCGUUGGCGCCCUGAUCGCUUAUAUCUUCGUCGGUACUAUCGUCUACUCGGUCAUGACGGCGCUGGGUGAAAUCGCAACUUAUAUUCCCAUUCCCGGUGCUUUCACCUCGUAUGCGGCUCGCCUGAUCGAUCCCAGUCUGGGUUUCUCCAUGGGUUGGAUCUAUUGGUUUUCCUGGGCAUCGACUUUUGCGCUGGAACUCACGGCUACCGGUUUGAUUAUUCAGUUCUGGGACGAGACGAUCUCAAUUGCAAUCUUUAUCGCUGUCUUCUGGGUGAUGAUCAUUGCAUUCAACAUGAUGCCCGUCGGAUUCUAUGGUGAAAUGGAGUUUUGGUUCUCUAGCGUCAAGAUCAUCACCGUCAUUGGUUUCAUGAUCUUCGCUAUCUGCAUGAACGCCGGUGUGGGUAAGGAAGGUUAUAUUGGAUUCCGGUACUGGGUCCACCCGGGUCCGUUUGUGCCCUACCUGAUUGAGGGUGACGAUUCUCUCGCCAAGUUUGUCGGCUUCUGGUCUUGCCUGAUUCAGGCAGGUUUCUCCUACCAGGGUACGGAGCUGGUCGGUAUCGCCGCUGGUGAGACCGAGAACCCGCGCAAGACUGUCCCCUCGGCUAUCCGCAAGACCUUCUUCCGUAUCGUCUUCUUCUUCAUCUUCACCAUCUUCUUCAUCGGUAUCGUGGUGCCUUCGGACGACGAGGACUUGGUGAAUAACAGCGGCGCCAGCGCUAGUAACGCUAAUGCUUCUCCCUUUGUGAUUGCGGCCCGUCGCGCCGGUGUCAACGCCCUGCCGGAUAUUAUCAACGCCGUUCUGCUUACCGUGGUGCUCUCGGCUGCCAACUCAAACGUGUACAGCGGCAGCCGUAUCAUCGUCGGUCUGGCCCAGGAAGGCUUCGCUCCUCGCUUCUUCAAGCGCACUACCAAGGGUGGUGUGCCAUACUACGCGGUCGGUUUCACCGCUCUGUUCGGUCUGCUCGGUUUCCUGAACGUGUCGAACUCGGGCGCGACCGUGUUCACCUGGUUGCUCCAGAUCUCUGGUGUCGCCGGUUUCAUCACCUGGGCCUCGCUGAAUGGCUGCCACUUGGCCUUCAUGCGUGCGCUCAAGGCGCGCAAUAUUUCCCGUGAUGUCCUCCCGUACAAGGCUAUCUGGCAGCCUUGGUUCUCCUGGUACGGUCUGUUCUUCAACUGCCUGAUCAUCCUCACCCAGGGCUUCACCGCGUUCAUCGGUGGCUUCCAGGUUAAGAGUUUCUUCAUCAACUACCUGAGUCUGAUCCUGUUCGUGGUGCUGUACCUUGGCCAUAAGGUGAUUUUCCGCCCAGCAUUUGUCAAGCCCAUCGAGGCUGACCUGGACACGGGCCGAACCUCGCCUGAGAGCGAGAACUGGGAGACCGUUGAGCCGACUACCUGGUAUGGUAAGGCGUGGCACUGGAUCUCUGGUUGA